AUGAUGCUUGCCGAGGACGACGUAGACAUUGCGAAGUCGCCGUCGCCGCCGCCGCCAGUGGCGCCCAGCACUUCGGAUGAUGAAUCAGUUGAGAUGGAACGAUUGGCACCAGUUGGCGAAUCAUCCGAUGAACUCUCCGCCGUACGAUUUGGUGAGAGGGAGCGCUUCCGAGAGCUUGAAGAAGAGCAGGAACGACUGAAUAACUCACUGCUUUCAUUAUCUACACAUUUCGCGCAAGUUCAGUUCCGACUAAAGCAAAUCGGUAAAGCGGACGCGUCCGAGAGAGAUAAACUGCUUAAAGAAUUGGAGGAUUUUGCAUUUCGUGGCUGCACGGAUUUGCGAGUGGAUGAGCCGAGGCGGCCGAGUGCGGAUGGUAGCGAAAAAGACGGCGCAGUUGGUGGUGGGCAGAGGGAACGCCAAAGGGCACUGAUUGCACGCCUCAAAGAACAGCUGGAAGAUUUGGAGAAAUAUGCGUACGAAAGUGGUGAAGGUGAACUCCCAAGUGCAGAGGUUAUCGCGAGACAGAAAGCGGUGAUCGAUAAGCUUCGCGAGAAAGUGCAGUUGGACUUGGAAUUGGACAAAAUGUCGCAAAGCGAUUUGCAAAAAAAAGUUGAUGAAGCACUGAAAAAAGAGAAGCUGGUGGAGCAACUGCAAACACAAAUUGUUGAUCUGGAAAGAUUUGUUAGCUUCCUGCAAACAGAAAUCAGUGGACGUCCACCGAGUUCGGUCGCCUCACUGCCUGUAGCUCCAACAAAAAAGGGCCUUGAUGCACGGGCUCAGUUGGAAUUGGCUGUGGAUGCAACGGUUCAAAUUAUGGAAAAAUAUCUUCUGCUUACUGUGGACACGGAUUCAACUCAUGCAGACUCGAUGAGCGACUCAUCAGAUGAGGUAUUUGAACGAAGCGAAGAGGAAGUUGUUACAGUUGUUCGAAAAGAACUGUGUCCUGCAAUUCGUAACCUUCUGGAACACGGCAUGAAUGAUUCUGUAAAGCCAAUCGUUCAUUUCUCAUCAUUUGGUUGUUAUCCUGGAGGUGCUCGAAAAAUUGUCGGAGGCAAUGGUUAG